CCUCACGACUGGGAAGCUCAAAUUAGCAAGCAAUCUUUGGAUUCUUUGCAACUUUACAUACAAGCUUUCAGAUUACCGGAAAAUGGCCGCCGCCGCCGCUUCAUCGGAGGAGAAGUCCGUUCAGAUCGAAAUUCAGGGGAAUGACGAAGUGGAUCAGGGGAGGGAGAAGGAUGAGAAGACGAUUCCGGUUAUCAGCAGCUCCGAUGCCGUGGAUCAGGGCAAGGAGAAGGAGGGGAAGGGCUUUCAGAUUGAAAACCAGGUGAUUGCCUGCAACACAUUGGAUCGGUGGAAUGAGCAUUUCACAAAUGGCUUGGAGAGCAAAAAACCGGUUGUGAUAUAUUUCACUGCAUCUUGGUGUGGCCCUUGCCGCGUGAUUGGUCCAACCUUUUCUGACAUUGCAAAGAAAAUCACCGGUGCAAUCUUUCUAAAGAUCGACGUUGACGAGCUAGAGGCUGUCGCACAGGAGUACGACGUGCAGGCAAUGCCAACUUUUGUGUUCCUGAAGGAGGGAAAGGAAGUGGAGGAGAGGGUGGUGGGUGCAAAGAAAGAUGAGCUGCACAAGACAAUAACUAAGCAUUGCAGCAGCUAAAAAUGAAAACAAAAAUGAACCCUUUUUCUAAUACUAUAUAUAAAAGGUUCAGUUUGUAACAACAUACUGUAUAAUAAUUGUGACACAAAUUACCCUCCAGACUUGCCUCUUUGGUGGUGUGUAUCUGUAGGGAUAAAUGUUGGAUUUCCAUAUGUAACUGGCCUUCUUAAUUGGCUGCUAUUUUAUUUCCUUGUUUAUUUAUUGUAUCGUUUUUUUUACGUUAUACUACGUAUUUCAUUUGUAUUAUCCUAUAUAAUCGGUUGAAAUACUCAAAAUUUAGUCGUUUCUGUUUGGAUGCACGA